AUGGUUGUGAAAAUUGUGCCCAUGCCCCAAGCAGGAUCCACUAAGAACAAAAAAGCAAUUAUUAAAAUGUGUUUUGUACGUGCGACUUUACCUUUAUAUUAUAUGUUCAAAAUCUUUGGUUUAUCGACGAUUCAUAUACGUAAAGAUGAAAAAACUAAAAAAUUGAAAUAUGUUUGUACAAAAAAUUCAACUCUAGAAUAUAUUUACUGUUUUGUAAUACUUGCUCUGUUACAAAUUGCAUGUUUAGCUGAUAUUUUAUUAGGAUCUCUCGAAGAAGAUGAGACAUUAGAGGUGGCACAAUACUAUGAAGCUGCAUUGGAGUGUGCUGUUCGCAUUUUACUUGAAGACAACCUCAAAAUGGCAAUGAUACGAUUAUUGGCUUAUGAAAUUUCUGAUUUGGCGUUUAUAUUUACUAUAAGCUUUAGUGCAAAUUGUAUGUUUUUGUUGAGACAUAGGAUUAGUUGCGCAAUUGAACUUCUGAUGGCUCCUCCGAUAGAAAAUGAAGGAUAUGUAGAGAAUAUUUACAAAGCUAUGAACAUUUACAACAUGACAUACAAACAUGCCGAAAUAUUUGAAAAAACUCUGGUAUGGCCUCUGGUAUUUGGAAUCGGGCUCAUAUUUCAAACAAUCGUAAUGCAGGGCUAUAAUCUUUAUCAACAAUUGUAUGGAGCGCAUAUUAUAGCAAUUAUAGAAUGCUUGAAAUGGGUCGUGAUUUCUUAUUUGCAAUUGCUGCUGGUUGUCCGGCCUGCUGAAUGCAUUAAACGAGAGGCGGCAAAGUGCGGUAGCACCUUACAUAGUAAAGCGCCCCAAGUUGCAAAAACUGGAGAAGUAAAUUCGCAGAUACUGCUAAGGAGCUCAUUGCAAUUGGUUCAUGAGCCAAUUUUGUUUUCGGCUAUAGGAUUUUUCGACAUAGAUUAUACCCUAGCCUACAAUAUGACUGGAGCUGCUCUAAUGUACUUGGUGAUAUUGAUGCAAUUUGAUCAUGGAAGGCGAACAUAA